CCACUAGUGUUGAUCAUGCCAAGCGUCGGGUCCACAUGACGGUUCGCAACUCAGCACAGACAUUACAAUAACAUUGAAUGCACCCCAAUAUCCCUUGCACGUGCUUUCCGCCUGCCGUCGUCUCUGAACUAAUUCCUAUAAUGCCAGUUUCCCGCCAGCUUCCCGGCCGUUUACCGUGUGACGUUCGCCUAGCGCUGCUUGCCGGACACCCGGAUAGGCGACUCGCCCUAGCUCUGCGUCCUCCGCACUCUCCACCCGCCUUUUGAUGCGGAAACCAUCUGCCUGUGGUGUCUGUCGAGCCCGUCGACGCCGCUGCAUCUGGCCCGCGACCGACAGCCAGAGCCCAUCCUGCGAAUACUGUACACUGUACGGCUUACACUGCAUCCAAAAGCCGCCCGAUGGGGGUUGGUACCACCGCCGCCAGCUCCGGCUCCAGGUCUCGGGCAGCAUAGACGCCCAGCUCCCAGCACGUUCCAGCCAAGCACAAAUCGCACACCCAGUGCCCGGUCCGUCCUCGGAACGAGCUGCCACGGUACAGGCAGAUGUCGCUAGCCAAAAUGCCACCGUCAACAUCGAGUCGCUGCCCAUGGCCCUGAGGCUGGACCUGGUCGGCUGCUAUUUUGACUACAUCCACGACCAGUUCCAUUCCAUGUUCCAUCGCCCUAGCUUUGAGGACGACGUUACCAAAAACCAGGUCCCAGGCAUCUUGUUGCUAGCUAUCUUCUCGCUUGCUGCAAGGUUCUCAAACCAUGGCCACCUCGCCGACACGGCCCCUUGCGACAGAGGAGAAAGAUUCCGUGUCGCCUGCGAGGCGCAGCUACGGGUUCGCCAUAUCUCGGUGCUGACGGUCCAAGUUUGCGUCCUUCUUGGGGCAUAUGCCGCUGGACAGGGGGAGAUUGAGGCUGAGAAUGUCUACUACACCCUCGCUGGGCGCAUGGCCUGCACCAUGAAUCUCAUGGACCGCACAGCCUCCAGUCUUGUUGAAAGAGAAACAAACAUACGAGCCUGGUGGAGUCUGUGCAUGAUUGAUGUUUGGUCCUCGACGGCUGUUAAGCUUCCUCGGAUUAUGCCAGCAGCUCCGCAUCUCGACGCUGCCGCCGUCCCUAUGGAUGAGAUUCCGUUCCUGGACUUGGGAGGCAUUGAUGAGAUGUCACCCAGCGGCCGGACGACACUGCUCGAGUCUCCGCUUUUCACACAGAUGGUAAAGUUGAACCGGGUGCUCGCCAACAUCAUAGACUUCAACAAGACGUGCGUUGCCGCCCACCUGGCCGGCCCGGCGCUCGACAGUGGCGUGCAGAAGCUUUCGCUGGAGUUGGAGCAUUGGCUUGUCAGUCUCCCACCAAGCAUGCGCGACACACCCGAGAACCUGGCUUGGUUUGCCGCCCGCGGGCUGGGUCGCAUGUUCGCUGCCGUCUACCUCGGCUAUUACUACUUUAGCCAGCUGCUCUACUUCCAGUUCCUCGGUGGCAGUGCCGAUGAUGUCAGCAGCAGCAGCGGCGGCGGCAACGGCCGCUUGCCGGCGCACGUCGUCUACGCCGAGCGCUGCAAGGACCACGCCGCACGUCUUUGUGAGUUGAUCUACCGCUGUGCGGCUACUGCAGGCGCCGACGUGCGGUAUCCGAUGGUAGCGCACGUUCUUGUCAUCGCGUCUACGGUGCAGAUCCACACACUGCUUUUUGCCGCCAGCGAGCGACCCAUCCGCGAGGCGCGCGCUCGGCUGGAGCACAACUUCCAGAUUAUCCUACUGGACCUCAAGCCAUUCUGGCCCGCUGUCGACGGGGCCAUGAGCCGGCUGCGGGCUUUCCACCAGACCUGUCUGCUUCGCAGCGGGGAUGGCGUCGGCGGCAGCAGCCCCGGCAGCAGCAGCGCCUUUGUCCUCGACCAGUGGCUGCUGCGCUUUCUGGUUGAGUUCGCGGAUCAUAUGGAGGACGAGCCGCGCGAGAUGGACCCGGACUACGAGGCUCUCUGGUCCCUUUCCAAGUGAAGGCGGGAGGACGGCCCUGGCGGUGGUGUGGGCCAGUUUGCGGAGCCGGGUGGGCUGCUUCGGCCCUCGGCGGCACAUCCUGGGUCAUCCGGACACCAGUAGCGGCGGAAAACACUGAGCCCAGGAGCCCCCUCCAUCUCCACCCACUUUUCCGCACGAGCAUACACAGUAGAUAUCACUUAUUCAUAGAAAUUUAGUCAGUGUAGAGAUCAUCCCUGCCGGCCGCUGCCUCGCCCCUUCUCACCGACAUUGACGGGCAUGCA